CAUAGCUAAAUACAAGUAACCUUCUGUUAUCAGUGAUAAAUAUGUCAUAACAUAUGCAGAACUAAUGAUAAGCUCUUUAAAAGAGGUGUAGAAUAACACAUUGGAGGUCAACGAUAUUUGUUUAAGAAAUCUCGGUUCUGAAAAAAACAUACUCGGCUGUACAUAGGAACACAUUAUCGCAGCAAUAACAGGAUAUGGAAAUUUCAGCAUUAUAUUCUACAGGAAAUGUUAAUGUCCAAAGUUUAUUAUUUGGAUUAGCCAUUUUCCUGAUUAUACGAUGGUUUAUGGCACUACCAACAUAUAACUACAAUUUACCUCCGGGUCCAAUAGCUUUUCCAAUAAUUGGAAAUCUACCUCAGAUGAUUUCUGGCACUGAUCUUUAUUCAAAGAUGAAAGAUCUUCGAAAACAAUAUGGAGACAUCUUUAGGCUCAAAGUUGGUUCUGAUACCUUCGUGUUUGUAUGUAAAACUGAACUGAUUUUGGAAGGACUAGUAAAGAAAGGAGAUCAACUGAAAGGAAGGCCACAUUGGGUUUACAUUUUUGAUAAAGUAUUCCAAAAAGAAGGCAUCACUUUUAAUAUUGGAAAAAAAUGGAAAUACAUGAAAAAGUUUUCUAUGUCAACACUUCGGGAUUUAGGAAUAGGUAAAAGAAUUACAGAAGAAAAGAUACAUUUAGAAACCGAAAAAUUAGGCGAACUUUUUCAAUCUCACAAUGGUAAACCGUUCUCCUUGAGUAAACUGAUGUCAUACUACUCUUUGGGUAUUAUAUACAAUCUCAUGUUUGGUGAAAGAUUCUACCAGACAUUUGUGUAUAAGGUUAUUUGGGAUACAAAAAUUAUUGAAAUAAUAUUUAUCCUUAAACCUACAAUCACAAAUUCUAGCAAUACGAUACCGAUUAGGUCCAUUAUUAGUAUAAAAGAAGUUAUAAAAAAGCAUGCGAAGAUCCGAAAUUUUAUAAAAAGGAAAAUUGCGGAACAUAAAGAAACGUUUAAUGCCGAAGGCGUAAGAGAUUUCAUUGAUAUGUACUUACUGAAAAAUAGGAAGGUGCCAGACAGUGAAUUUUUAUCUGACGCGAGUAUGUUUGGAACAAUUUUAGAUGUCUUUACGGGUGGAACAGAUACAAUUGGUACCUAUCUUACCUGGGCCUUUCUCUUCAUGGCCAAAUAUCCUGAUAUACAAAGCAAAUGUCGAGAAGAAAUUGAACAGAUCACCAAUCUGAACCGACCUGUUACAAUGGAAGACAAACCACAUAUGACAUACGUUGCAGCAACUCUUCUUGAGAUUCACAGAAUUGCGACAGUUGCUCCAAUAAGUGCUCCACACACUGCAGAGGUAGACACAACUCUUGGCGGUUAUGAUAUUCCUAAAAACACUGUUGUUUCAUUCAUGUUAACGAAUGCUCAUUUUGAUCCGGAUUAUUGGGAUAAACCAGAGGAAUUCCGACCAGAAAGAUGGAUUGGAGAAAAUAACGAGUUAAAGAAAAAUGAGGCUUUUAUGCCUUUCUCUUUGGGUCCAAGAAUGUGUGCAGGAGUGUCACUGGCUAAUAUGGAAGCUUUCAUAACUUUUACAAACAUCUUACAGAAAUUUCAGUUGGAAAAACCUACCAAAACACCAAUGACAAUAGAAGGCAAGCAAUUUGGCAUCACUUAUGUUCCAGUGAAUGAUAAUAUCCGUGCAACAGCAUUGUGAUAUACGUCAGUGAUAUAUAUGUGUUUUAGCGUACCUAUUCAAGGUAUACUAGAUAUAACUGAAAAUGUAUCUCUUUGAAAGCUGAGGUGCUAUAUCUUCGCAGAAUACGAUCGUGAAUUAUUGUAUUUGUCUAUGUUUCCUUUCUUUAGAUUUUAUUACAUUGACACACAUGGUUAUAUACCUAGACUGAUAUAUCAUGAGAACUAUCUGUAGGCAUGCAUCAUGAUAUAUAGAGAUUAGAAAUAGACAAAACUUCGAGUAAUGUUUACCUUUUCCUUUAAAACUUUGAUAUUGUAAUUUCCUCGAGUUAGAGCCUUCACUAUUUUGCUAAUUGCGCUAUACUCUUUUGUAUAAUUCAACGAAAAUAAAGCUAUAGAUAACUAUAA